AUGGCGACUAGCGGUGAUAUAUCGAUGAUCUCACCACCAUCGUCUUCCAUUUCGAACGGCCAGGAUCCAUUCGGACAAUUGCCGCCGCUGCCACCGCCACUGCGUUCAACACAAGUGCUUCAACCGCUAACGGUUUUUCCAGUGUCCAAUUUGAGCGAAGACUCUUACGAUUAUGUUUUUGGUGGUCGACGUAAGACCCCGCCUGCAACAAGAACAACCACCACUACACUCAAGCUGACCUCGCCUCCCGUACGCCUGCGACCAGAAGACGCACACCAUCGUGGUGGCAACGUAAAUAAUGGUGGACGUUUUUAUCGUCAUUCCUUUAGUUACGCGCCAAAACGUUCCCGACACGGCAACAACAGCGAACGCAAUGAAAAUCGUGAAUCACGACUGAGAUGUCAUGGCGAAGAUGAAGCAACACUGCGCCAACUGCUUCUCGAUUUGCAAAAGCAAGUUAGCGUGAUGAGCAUGAAUUUAUCAGCCAAACUGGAUGAGCUUCAAAGAGGCGAUCGACACUUGGAGACGACAGUCGCCUUGUGUGAAAUACGUACUCAGCUGCAGGAGCUGACCAAAUCCGUGGAGAGUUGUCAAAGUGAGGUGUCAGAGGUAAAACGGGACAUGGUUGCCAUCAAACACGAAUUGGACACCGUGCAACAGGUUAAAGAGGAAAUCGAAGAGCUGCGCGAAUACGUCGACAGACUGGAGGAGCACACACACAGACGGAAGCUAAGACUUUUAGAACAAGGUCUUACCUUCUUCCUAACAUACUCGAUAUUCUCAGCGGUGCUGGGCAUGCUACAGUUCGGUUACAAUACCGGUGUGAUAAAUGCGCCCGAGAAGAAUAUCGAGAAUUUCAUGAAGGACGUGUACAAGGAUCGCUAUGGCGAGGAUAUCAGUGAGGAGUUCAUACAGCAGCUGUACUCGGUGGCGGUGUCGAUAUUCGCCAUUGGCGGCAUGUUGGGUGGUUUCAGUGGCGCUUGGGUGGCCAAUCGCUUCGGCAGAAAAGGCGGACUAUUAUUAAAUAAUGUGCUUGGCAUAUCGGGUGCUUGUCUAAUGGGUUUUACCAAAGUUAGUCAUUCCUAUGAAAUGUUAUUCCUCGGCCGAUUUAUUAUUGGUGUUAAUUGCGGUCUUAAUACAUCAUUGGUGCCAAUGUACAUCUCUGAAAUAGCGCCACUGAACUUACGCGGUGGAUUAGGCACCGUAAAUCAAUUGGCUGUGACAAUAGGUUUACUACUAUCCCAAGUCCUGGGAAUCGAACAAAUUUUAGGAACUAAUGAUGGCUGGCCCAUAUUACUUGGCCUAGCCAUAUGUCCAGCAAUAUUGCAAUUAAUAUUACUGCCCAUAUGCCCGGAAUCGCCCAGAUAUCUGCUCAUCACGAAACAAUGGGAGGAGGAAGCCCGAAGAGCGCUGCGACGACUACGUGCCUCGAGUACGGUGGAUGAGGACAUUGAAGAGAUGCGCGCCGAAGAACGCGCCCAACAGUCGGAAAGCCACAUCUCCACCAUGGAGCUAAUCUGCUCGCCCACACUGCGGCCGCCAUUGAUAAUCGGCAUUGUGAUGCAGCUGAGCCAGCAGUUCAGCGGUAUCAAUGCGGUGCUAUACUACUCAACGUCGCUGUUCAUGAGCUCUGGCCUGACGGAGGAGAGCGCCAAAUUCUCAACGAUAGGCAUUGGAGCCAUAAUGUUGCUGAUGACACUCGUCUCAAUACCGUUAAUGGAUCGCACCGGUCGUCGAACCCUCCAUCUAUACGGUUUAGGUGGCAUGUUCAUAUUCUCGAUAUUCAUAACGAUUUCAUUUUUAAUUAAGGAAAUGAUCGAUUGGAUGUCGUAUCUGUCGGUGGUGUCGACGCUCGGCUUUGUCGUCUUCUUCUCGGUCGGACCCGGCUCCAUCCCAUGGAUGAUCACAGCGGAAUUGUUCUCGCAAGGACCACGACCCAGCGCGAUGGCAAUCGCUGUACUGGUCAAUUGGAUGGCGAACUUCGUAGUCGGCAUUGGUUUCCCCAGUAUGAAGGCUGAAUUGGAGAAUUAUACAUUUUUGCCGUUUAGCGUUUGCUUAGCUAUAUUUUGGAUAUUCACCUAUAAGAAGGUUCCUGAGACUAAGAAUAAGACAUUCGAAGAGAUUUGCGCGCUAUUCCGACACGGAAAUGGAAGGAGUAUGCUAAACUGCACAAAUAGCUCGGAGCCACAAAGUAUGAAUUCUGGCAUCGAACAUGCCGCGUUGAUGGUAUCUGAGGAAAAGACCCAACAUGACUCACCUGCAUCAGAGCGCUGUUUAGAAGGCGGCCGAAAUACACUCCAGGGCCGGAGCGGUGCCUCUGCGCCCCAUCACCAUCGUCAGCAAAUACCUGCUUGCCCGAGCAGCGGGCCUUGACUGAGGAACGCCUCACCUCCUGAAACUGCCAGUGUACAUUCCACGAAUGCUGAACAACACCAAUACCAACACCAACAACAGCAACAACCACAUCAGCAACAGCAACAGCAACAGCCCAAGCAUUCACGCCAACAGCAGCAUCAUCACGUACAUUGUAGCUAUGAUAAGGAUAUUGUAUGUGACGACACGCAAGCGCACCUGCAACAAUUGCAACAGCAACAGCAGCAAACACAGCAGCACGGCGAUCAACCACAUAUGCACCAACCGACUCACUGUCACAGUCAUAUUGCUUACGCGGAACCGCUUCAGCAGUCCUCCUCCACACCGACGCCACACCGCCACCAGCAACAGCAACAGCAGCAGCAGCAACGCAAGCACAGUCACAGCCACAGUCCACACCAUAGCCGCCACACAUCACCGCACAGUCAUCACUCGCACAGCCAGCACUCGUCACCGCAUCAAUCGCACCAUCACGUGCACGAGACCGACUCACUUACGCGCUCAUCACUCACGCAUCCACCACGUCCCUCGGCUAACAAUACACAGUCAUCAUCCUCUCAUCAUCAGCAUCAUCAUCACAAUCAUAGACGUAGACGUUCGCGUCACAGUCAUCAGCAGCAGAAUGGAAAUGGGAAUGCAGGAGGCGGAGGCGGAGGCGGCAGCGGCAAUUCAAGCCUACAUGGCCCACAUGGGCACAUCCAUCAGGGGGAGCAGCGGUCUUCGUCGCGACAUCAUAGCCACGCACAUGGCAGUAGCUGCACGCGACGACACCGAUCGGCUACCGAUAUUUCCAGCACAUCGCUCAAUACGUGUCAAGAUCCGACAUGUGUGGAUCGCGAAGUACAGGAUAUCCUCGUACGCAAGACCUGUUGCAACUCGUCUCGCACCGAACUGGCGCAAUAUUUCGCAGAAGAUCUGUAUGGUUCAACACGCCGUCCGUCGUCGUGUUGCACCUCUUCAGACUACUGCUAUCAAACAGAUUCAACCAGUUUGUAUGGUUCACGCUCAUCGCUCAGUCGUAACAACUCAAUUAAGUCCGCGUCCGUGGCAUUGCGCAAACGGCGUUUGCACCAACGCCAGCCUAGCUACACAUCGAUAUCGCUGCGUGGCUUGAACGCAGGUCGUCCUAGCAGCCAACCCGGUUCACUCACUUCCGUUUUCGAUCGCGCCAAGCAGUUGGGUAUCGAUGCCGCUGACUUGGAUAAACGUGGCAGUAGAGGAAAAAUAGUAGUUUCACCAUCGAAAGUAACCAUUGAAAGACAGACUUCAAAAGAUGCACUGAGCAACGACCUGCCGGAGUACGCUUGCUCACCUUCGCCGAUACGCUGGAGCUUCCUCGCCGAUGGCAAAUCCCCAACUGAGAUGGAGCGAUCAGGCGAAGUGGAUACUAAGGACCCAUGGACUUCCGCUGACGAGCAAACACGCGAGCCAAAACAGUCUAAAUGUGAGCACCGUAGCGAACAUCGUUCAUACACAAUGCAGCACAGCAGUCGGAAGUACGCACAUGACGAUCGGCCAAGCACAUCGGCUGCGGCAGCGCGCAAAUGCCGUGAGAGUCCAUUCAACUGUGAUUUCGAGGAGUCUUCGACAACUGUGCUCUUCCAUCAAGAAGCUGACUCCUACAACAACUGUUGCAAUAACUACAUCCAGUGUAACACCUACCUCGACCAGGAUCUGCAGAUCACCAGUGAAGACAUUCACCAAUAUCUCUCCAAAGGCAAUCAACAGUCCAGUGAUGUGCUGAACAACUCCAAAAACUACCCAUUCCAGCCAAGCAACGCCUUGGAGUUUCAAUACAAAAACAACUUUGCGAACAACAACAUCGGUGCCGCCUCCUCUGAGGGUGGUGACUCUGUACGCGGCUAUGAAAUCUGCUUCCGCCGCAACUCCAGCAAGGAGACAAAUCUGAAUCAAAAUGCGCCUGGUGGUGUCGGCGGUUUAGCUGGUCCCGAUGACGAGGCGGCCAGAUGUGCGGCGUCCUCAUGUAGCAACACGCCACUUUCGCCCACCAACAUCAAUCUCUCUUCCAGCACGAACAACAUUAAUAUCGUCUUUGGCAACUACACUGAGCGCAAUGCCAACGAAGUGAAGUUUAUCAACACCACACGCGCCGGCGAUGGAGUGGCGGUGUCAACCGAAGCUCAUCACAGCGGUUACCUACCCUUUACCUACCCAAGCUACGACUACACCAACAUGUCAGCGAAUUCAGUUUUCGACAAGCCAUUGGGCAUUGGUGAGUUGCCCAAGGACUUCACCAGCGCUGCUGGCAGUGCUGCAGAAAUGGAAGAAGGAGCUGUUGGUGGCGGUUAUGUGCGCAGCUCCUGCGGCUCACCAACCGUCACUGCCACCAGCGACGGCCAACACUCCUCCUUGCUACAAUCGCCCGUACCCACUGGUGUGUCAUUCGAGUCCUUUGAUGCCGCUUCCGAUCAUAAUUUGAUUUCAUGCCGUGGCAGCUGUCAAUUCUCACCCACGCCUCGAUCGCCCCUAUCGCCCGCAUCGCCAGCCUCCUCACCAUGUCUGUCGGCUUCCAUAAAUCCCGCAGCCGCCUCAUAUGUGAACACUCAUCAUCCGCACUUCCAUUAUCAGGCGCAUGGCGACGAUCGACAGCACUCACCCGGCAGCGAUGCACGCCGUCAUUAUCAUCACAAUCAUGCACAAUAUCAUCAUCAUCACUUCACUGAAAGCUUUAAGAUCAGCAAUGCACUCAAUAAGGUGCGCAAGCGUGCACGCAAAUACACUGAAUUCCUACGCAAGAAGUGAACAAGCGAUCGAACGAUUCGAGGAUCGGUGGCGCCGCGAAACUGAUCACGAAGCGAGCAGUGUGUAUCACGCAGCGAGCACCGAUCGGAUCGUUUGAACGAAAAGUCGCUGGAGCGAAGAAAAGCACAAUUUUGUAUGCGUUUACGUCUGUUUUCGGUAGAUUCUCCAUACUUCGGCAGAAGAUACGUGGUCGUGGCGCUCAACCGGCGCGCCUUUAGUUUGGACGAAGGCGGUGAAUGAAGCAACGCAUCUGGAGCAAUUUCGCAAAAUGUUUGGUUUUUAAUUUGCGACAACCAAACAGUUUCAACCCUUCUUCAAUUGCAAAUGUAUAGAUAGAUGAUCCCGAGAAAUUACGACUUCAAGCGCGUCCAGCGGCCAAAUUCAUAACAGCUACAACAACAAAAAUAAGUAUUUAUAAGAGACGCUCCUUUCCGCUCAUUCAUCACAUAUAAAUUCUUAAGAGUUUAGUAGUAGCAGUAAGAAUAGUUAAUUCAUUCAAUUUGAGCUCAAAAACAAUCAAGGAUCAUCGCGUAGAGGUACACAACAAUCGAACAAUUGCCCACGCCGUGCGGUAAGCUGCGACCAGAAGCCCGCCCUGUGCGGUUGGUGGAACGGAGAAGCGAAUAGCAUUAGGCAUUGGUGGUGCACACAUACGUACAUACAUACAUACCAGCAUCCAUACUUGUUAACUUGGAAAAAAGAAACCACAACCGGCAUUCAAUCUAGAAAAGCAAUAAAGAGCAAAAAGCUAAAUAAGAAGCUAGUAAGGAGGAGAGAGCAGAGCUGCUUGUGGAUUUUGAAAUUGGAUCUACUACUAAGUACUAAGGUGGUCGUUAUGUGCGCAUAUGUAUGUGAAAUGCAGUGCAUGUAUUAGAAGUGUAAGCAGGCGUAAAUUAUUUACUUUGUUCACUGCCAAAAAAAAAAAA